AUGGGUUGUGGGGGUGUUGGUGGGGUGUGUGUUGGUGUUGUUGGUUGGGGGGGGGGUGGUGGGGGGGUGGUUGGUGUGUGUUGUGGGGGGGGGGGGGGGGGUUGGGUUUGUGGGUGUGGGGGGGUGGUUGUGGUUUGGUGUGAUGUGGGGUGGGGGGGGGGGGGUGGGGGGGUGAGGGGGUGGGGGUUUGUGUGGGGGUGUUUGGUGGGGGGGGGGGGGGGGGUAUGGGGGGGGUUGGAGGGGUUUUGGUGGGGUGGGGUGGUUGGGGGUGUUUGGGUGGGGUGUGGGGUGGGUGGGGGGGGGUUGUGGGGGGGUGUGGGGGUUGGGUGGGGGGGUUGUGGGGGGGGGGGUGUGGUGGGUGGGUGGGGGGUGGUUGUGGGGGGGUGGGGGGGGGGGGGGGGGGUGGGUGGGUGGGGUGGUGGGGUUAGGGGGUUGGGGGGGGGGGUGGGGGGGGGUUGGGGGGGGGGGUGGGGGUGGUUUGUGGGUGUGGGGGGGGGUGGGGGGGGGGGUGGGGGGGGUGUUGUGGUGGGGGGUUUUGGUUUGGUGGGUGUAGUGGGUUUGGGGGGGGGGGGGUGGGUAGGUGUGGGGUGGUUUUGGGGGUGUGGUGGGGUGGGUGGGGUUUGGGGGGGGGUGUUUGUUUGGGUGGGUAUGGGGUAUUGUGGUUUGGGGUGGGGGGGGGGGGGGGUUUUGUUUUGUGGUGUGGGGGGGGGUUGUUGGGGGUGGGGGGGUGUGGUUUUGGGGGAUUGA